AUGACUCAGGGAUAUCCUCAGCGAUCUCUGCAGCAGCAGCAGCAGCAGCAGCCACACGAGGAGCGGCAGCAGCAGCAGCUGCUCCAAGACAAGCUGGUGCAGCAGCAGCAGCACAGUUACCAUCAGCAGCAACAGCUGGAACAGCAGCAGCAGCAGGACCUUGCAGGUUCUGCUGUGUGUCUUAGACUUCAGGGUCUCACCAUCUCUGUUUCUGCCAUUCAAGCAGCAGCAGCAGCAGGAGCAGCAGAACAGGACGCGGACCCGUUGAUGCUGCUUCUUCGUCGUUUUGCCAUUGCUAGCGCUGCUACUGUUGCUGCUGUUGCUGCUGCUGCAGCUGCUGUUCUUUUUAGCAUUCAAGUGGCCCUUACAGCAGCCACACCACCAUCAGCAGCAGCAGCAGCAACAGCAGCAGCAGCACGUGUUGCUUGUGUGCUGCAGGUGUCUGUGCUUGAUGUGCUGCUGCUGGGGAGCGGCAAGAGGGUAGCCUUCUCUACUGCAGCAGGAAAGGUAGAAGUUGCAUGCACAGACACAGGAAAGCAGCUUGCUGCUCUUGAACUGCAGCAACACCAGCAGCAGCAGCAGCAGCAGCAAACGAAGCCAGCAGCAGCAUUGUCUCUUGCAUACAUGGGAGGAGACAUACACCAGCAGCAGCAGCAGGAAGAAGAAGCACUUGUUGUUGGCUAUGGAGAUGGCAUGGUGCGUCUAUGGUCUCUGCAGCAGCAGCAAGUAUUAUCUUGCUGCUGCACAACCUCGGGUGCUGUGCAUGCACUCUGUUUUACCAACAGCAACAACAGCAGCAGCAACAGCAGCAGCAGCAGCAUAAGCAAUGAUGCUGGAGAUAAGAAGGUGCAUACAUGGGAUAUUCGCUUCCCUUCUUCUCCUUUGCCUGAACCCCCCCAUAGACAGCACUGCCAUAAGCAGCUCAUUUCGGGUGUAUGCUGGGACGAGCUGCGUCUGGUUAGCUGCUCCUUAGAUGGAUGCGUGUUGUCCUCUUCCUUAGAGGGAGCAGCAGCAGGCAGCAAUAUUUGUACUUCUACACCAGUGAAGGACAUGGCUGCAGCAGGAGCAGCAGCAGCUGCAGCAGCAGCAGCAACAGCAGCAGCAGCAGCAGCAGCAGGCUUCCCACGUGCCGUUGGUCAGCAGCACAGCGACUGGCUGCUGGCCGUUGACUUCUCUGAGACAAAGUUGGCAGCAGCAGCAGCAAAUGGUGUGCUGCGCCUCUUUGACUUCUCGCAGCAGCAGCAGCAGCAGCAGCAGCACGAACCAAUGCGGCGCUGCUCUGCUGCUUUUUAA